AUGCCAGAGGGAAACGAUGCGUUUAUUGAUCGUGGAAAAAAACGCAGCCGCGGCCUUGGUCGGGAUCGCCAGAGCGCACUCCAGGAAACGGGGCAUUUCAAGACGAAAGCUAUCGACGUCGAGGAGGACAUUCGUAACGAGCUCGAGAAGUACGUUUACAAUUCAACCGAAGGAUUCAUAGAGGCCAUACUUGAUGUUCCGCAAACCAUCAUCGACGAGGUCUAUAACACGUGCAUCCGAGUCAGUGGUGGGGAGCAGUUAUACACCCCUGCGAGAGGCCAACAGGAAGCAGGGCAGUGGCGAGGGUACCCCACGAGACAACCUUCGAAGGAAGUCAAACUCUACGAGCCCUUCGUCAAGAUAGCUGACAAAGUCACGACGAUCUGUCGAGACAAGGCCAAUGCACGACACGAGCCAGUCAACAACGUGAAAUGGAUCGACCAGCAUUCGCAUGUGCCCCCCGCUACCCAGGUAUUUGCAGCAGAUCUUCGACCCGACAUCGUUGCGACUAUCGGCAACAUUCCCGGGAACGGAGCUGUUGCACCGUGGCGUCGCAUCCUUGCGCCGCUGGAGGUGAAGAAGGACCACAACGACAAACCUGCGCUCCUCCAGUUGCUCAUGUACCAGCGACAGCUCUUCCGCGAAGCCGUCGACCGCCGCUUUUUCAUUGGAUUCACACUGGGAUACAGGAAGAUGAGGGUGUACCUCGCAGAUCGCUCGGGUGUGCUCGGUAGCGAGGUCUUCGACAUCAAUGCUCACCCGAAGAAACUCAUCCGCGUGAUGGCUGCUCUAGAGACGCUGCCUCUACAUAAACUAGGUUGGGACACCACGAUGCACGCGCUUGCCAAGGACCAAGGUAUCGCCAACGUCGACCCUCAGUCGCUACCACUGUCCCACGCGAUCCCGUAUCAAGGAGCUGCGAUGGAUCACUACUUUGUCAUAGGCAUGCCGCCCGCGAAGUCGAAGACUGACGCCCCAGUCCCUACCGGCGAUCCACAACCCGAAUUCUUCGUACUGUACGAGAGCCUGAGCCUGUUUCGCGGAGAGUUUAUUGUGGGUCGUGCAACACGCGUAUGGAAAGCGUGGUCGUGGAGCGACAUGCACCUGCCCAAGGAGAAACGUGCACUCUACAUCAUCAAAGACACGUGGCGUGACGCAGAGCGUGGCCUUGAGGGCGACAUAUACGACAUACUCGAGCAUUGCGAAGGUGUUGCUGUCAUGCACUCCUACGCAGCUGUCUUUAUCGACGGGAGCAAAGACACGACCCUAUCCUUCAUUCGCCGCGGCUUCGCUACCUCUGGCAACCAUAUCCAAGUUGCUGCUCCACAGAAGAUUGCAGACUCGGAUGCCAUUGAGGCCAUACCUCAUGAAUCACCUGAGGAAAGGCAUAAGACCACGCGAUACGUCAUCGAUCAAGGCGAUUACCUGCCAGAAGAUCCCGACGCUGACGCGGAUCGUUGGCUUCCUCGAGAGCGAGUGCAUUCAAGGCUCGUUAUGAAGACGUAUGGGUGGCCCGCGAAGAAUGCGAAGUCGCCCUUGGAACUCGCGACUGUGCUCAGAGAUGCAAUCAAUGGACAUUACGGAGCGUACACGAAAGGGGUCCUGCACCGCGAUAUCAGCGCAAAUAACAUCUUGAUUGUUGUCGGCGGCAGGGGUGUCUUGAUCGACUUCGACAAUGCUAUCAUUCUGUCAAUACACGAAGCCAUACCCGAGGAUCCACUUACCGGGACGCUUCCCUUCAUGUCUGGAGAGCUGCUGGGACAUGUGUAUUUCCGACGCAAGGACGCCACUGGGCCCCCGGUGCAUUACUUCAUCCAUGAUUUGGAGAGUUUUCUCUGGGUUUUGGUAUGGAUAUGCCUUACACGGGAAGGCCCGGCAAAGCGUCGACGUGACUUAUCGUCGACGCAACAAAGCGAACAGCUUUCCGGACUUCGACAAAUAGUCAUUGAUCUAUUCGAGGGCGACAAAAAUGUCUUGAUGCGUACCAAAAGACUUUUCAUCUACGUUGCUUCCGAGCGGGACCUGGUGGAUGACGAGCUCCUCUGCUAUGUGUCCGACUUCAUGGCGCCACUUAAAGAUCUCAUCUUUGAUUUCCUUGCUCUCAUCAGAAUUGCCUACAAAGACAAUCGUAGAGAUGCUCAAGCUGUCUACGAGGACGUUCUCCGACUGUUCGACAAGCACAUCAGGAGCCUAAAGGAAGGAGACCCGUCGGAGCUAUUCAAGAAGCUCCGAGAGGACGAGGACAAACGGAGGGCUAAUGAUAUCGGGAACACUUGGGACACGUCGCCCAAUGCCAGAAGAACUGCUCAACCGUCUUCGGACGAUGAAACCGAAGAGACGUACGACGAUGACCAACCACUGUCUCCUACUCCCAAACCCAAGCGGCUGCGGCCGGUUGGGCCGCUCUCUGAUACUCGCAAUGCCGGCGAGGGUUCAUCGUCGUCGUCAUCGCCGUCCAAUGUCAAGUCGGCCCGUCGCUGA